AUGGGAAAGAAACGGGAGAGCUCAAAAAGAAGCAGCAGACUAGACUCCACAGACUCAGAAAUGGAUGAUCUCCCUCGCAGAAGGCAUUACCACUCAUCUGAAAAGGAUAGUAAACAAAAGAAAAAAGACCAGACAUCCUCUCAGGCCACAUCUUCCAAAGGCACAAAAGCGAACAGACAGAAGAAGGAAUCUCAAACAAAGCCUAAGAAGAAUAUUGCCAAAAAGAUUAAAUCACUUCUGGUAAAAUGUGCAAUUUUCCCAUACUCUCUGGCCAAACUAAUCUUUAAGCGCAAAAAGAAGAAGGUUGAAAAAGAAGAGACCGAGUGUAGCUCUGACUAUACAGAAAAAAGAGUUACCUUUUCAGACCAGAUAUUCGUACACACAUACACAUGCCAGAGCAGUGAAAAGCACAAAAUUACACUAAGAAGCAUAACUAAGUCUCUUCCUCCUGUGAAUCUAGAAAUGGCCAAUAAGAUCAAGGGAACCUCCCGCGAGACCCCACUUGCGAGCAAAAUCCUACAGAGGUUGGAUAAAAAGGUUGAAAGCCUGGAAAAUGUACGAAAUCUCUUAAGAAAAAAAGCUAUCUUUGAGGAAAAAAGAUCGAAAAGCAAAAUCAUCAAUAUACUUGGAAGAUAUGCACACUCCGAGUCAUCGGAAAAUGACACAGAAAGCCCAUACAAGCCGCCCGCGAAGCUCCCAAAGGAGUCAACCCGAACUAAAAAUAAAACAAAGAAAAAGGCGUCAUCAAAGCUGAAGAAAAGACUGGAGCUAGAAAUAUCAGAUGACAGCAUGUCAUCAGCUGCUUCUCAUGCGUAUGAUACCAUAAUUAGAAAAACCACCCCCACCACAUCUCUAUAA